CACCAGCAUCAGGAAGUACUUUCAGGAAGUAGUUUGCUGCCUUGUUUGAGUGACAGCUGUGCGGUGGUGACAGCCCACACGGGACGGCAGCCCGCAGAGCCGAGCCGAUACUCAAGAUGGCAGGUCUAUCUUUAUACUUUGAAGAUGGCCACGACGAUUUGGAUGACUUUGGAUUUGAUGACUAUGGUUCAGAGUGCGACGGCAUCCGCAUCACAGCCUUCCUCGAUGCGGGACAGGACAACCUCACUCCUCUGGGGAGGCUAGAGAAGUAUGCCUUCAGUGAAAAUGUCUUCAACAGGCAGAUCGUGGCUCGCGGCCUGCUUGAUGUGCUUCGAGAGUUCAGUGACAAUGAAAAUGACUUUAUCAGUGUCAUGGAGACAGUUGCAAGAAUGUCAGAAGAUGGAGAGCCCACAGUACGAGCUGAACUGAUGGAGCAGGUCCCAAACAUUGCCAUGUUCUUACAUGAGAGUCGGCCCAACUUCCCUGCUGCUUUCUCAAGAUACCUGGUUCCUAUUGUAGUCCGAUAUCUCACUGAUCCAAAUAAUCAGGUACGAAAGACCAGCCAGGCAGCGCUGCUCGUUUUGUUAGAGCAGGGUCUGAUCUCUAAAGCCGAUAUGGAGACCAAAGUUUGUCCAGUUCUGCUUGAACUCACAGAGCCCAGCAGUGACGAUGACUAUAAAAUAGAGGCAGUUGCGAUCAUGUGUAAAGUUGUCACCAUGUUGAGCAAAGACACAGUGGAGCAUCUGCUCCUGCCACGUUUCUGUGACCUGUGCAGCGACGUCAGACUCUUUCAAGUCCGCAAGGUCUGUGCAGCUAACUUCGGAGAGUUUUGUUCUAUUGUUGGUCAGGAGGCCACAGAAAAACUACUGAUGCCCAAGUUCUUCGACCUGUGCUCAGACAGUCUGUGGGGCAUCAGGAAAGCUUGUGCUGAGUGCUUCAUGAUGGUGUCUAAUUCCACCUCUCCAGAGGUGCGACGUGCAAAACUGUCCCCACUUUUCAUCAGCCUCAUCAGCGACCAGUCUCGAUGGGUGAGACAGGCAGCCUUUCAGUCUCUGGGACGUUUUAUCUCCACCUUUGCCAAUCCCUCCAGCACAGGCCUUCACUUCAGAGAAGACGGAGCUCUUCUAGAGGUCCCAAGAUGUACAUUAGACAGUGACUGCUCCCUGAACUCUCUAAACUGCUCCGACAUCAGCAGCUGCCACACAGAAAGAACCAUCACUCACACGCCUCCCAAUCAGGAUGGCCGUGCCACGCCUUCCCCAGAGCACGUGUCAACAGCCGACAACGACGAUAUGCACAACUAUGACGACAACCACGCAUCAGUUUCCACGCACAGCAGUUUCUCCCACACUAUCUCAAACAGCAACACCAGCCCCAAAACCACAAACAACACUAGGAAUACAAAAGAAACAGAGCAGACAGACGAGAACUUUAACUCUUUCCACUACUGGAGAUCGCCUUUACCAGAUAUCAGCGGGGAACUGGAAAUGCUAAGUUGUCACACAUCAGCGGAAGUGACAGAGAAGGAGGAGAAGAAGAAGAAGGAAGAAGAGGAUGAGGAGGAGAGGCAUGAAGGCAACUGUCCGGAUUCAAAGCCCAGCCCUGGAAAAGCUACCAGCGACCAGAUCCAGAAGGUGUUGGACUGUUUGCAGCCUCAUAUGGAUGACCCAGAUGUACAAGCUCAAGUUCAGGUGUUGUCAGCAGCAUUAAAGGCAGCACAGCUCGACAGUCCCGUAGAUGACAGCCCGAUAGACCCCACCAACACAAGUGAGCAGCAGCCUGAGCAGCAGCCUGAACAGCAGCCUGAGCAGCAGCCUGAGAGCGACUCCGACAGCCCAUCUGUGGAGAGCAAGUCAGUGGAGGUUCAGUCAGAGAGUGAGGAGAGUCCCACAGAAGAGGAACAGACGAUGGAAACUUCGCCAUCUUCAGAGUCAAGCCCGGUCCAGGAGCAAGGAGAUGAAGAGACGCAGACAGAGCCCCUUGGAGACCAAGACGACCAGGAAGAGUCUCCUCCUGAGUCCCCUGUUCCAGAGUCUGAACUAAUUGAGAGCGUGGAGGAGGAAGGAAAAGACGAUUCUGCCCACAGCCCGGUGUCUGAGGAUAAGCCUAAGAUCCAGAAUGUCAUCCCACAGCAGCUUUUGGAUCAGUACCUUUCGAUGACUGACCCGGCCCGGGCUCAGACGGUGGAUACAGAGAUCGCCAAACACUGUGCCUUCAGCCUGCCGGGGGUCGCCCUCACUCUGGGACGACAGAACUGGCACUGCCUCAAAGACACAUAUGAAACGCUUGCUACUGAUGUGCAGUGGAAGGUGCGACGUACGCUGGCUUUCUCCAUCCAUGAGCUGGCGGUCAUCCUGGGAGAUCAGCUGACAGCAGCCGAUCUGGUGCCCAUCUUCAACGGUUUUCUCAAAGAUCUGGACGAGGUCCGCAUUGGGGUGCUCAAACAUCUAUACGACUUCCUCAAGUUGCUGCAUGCAGACAAAAGGAGGGAAUAUCUGUACCAGCUGCAGGAGUUUAUGGUGACGGACAACAGUCGCAACUGGAGAUUCAGAUACGAGCUGGCAGAGCAGUUGAUCUUGAUCAUCGAGUUGUACAGCCACUACGAUGUGUAUGACUACCUCAGACAGAUAGCGCUUACACUCUGCUCUGACAAAGUGUCAGAGGUCAGGUGGAUCUCAUACAAACUGGUUGUAGAGAUCCUCCAGAAACUGUACGCCUGCGGGGCUGACGAUCUGGGCCUGAACUUUAUCAAUGAACUCACUGUCAGGUUCUGCCACUGUCCUAAGUGGGUGGGGCGGCAGGCCUUUGCCUUCAUCUGUCAGGCCAUCGUGGAGGAGGACUGUAUGCCUAUGGAGCAGUUCAGCCAGCACCUCUUACCCAGCCUGCUCAGCCUUUCCUCAGACCCAGUGGCCAACGUCCGAGUACUAGUGGCCAAGGCUCUGCGACAGAGUGUGAUGGAGAAAGCGUACUUCAAAGAGCCCGGCUGUGCCUACUCAGACGAGCUGGAGGAGACCGUGAUGGCCCUGCAGUCAGACAAAGACCGGGACGUCCGCUUCUUUGCCAGCCUGGACCCCAACAAAGGCCUGAUGGAAACGGCUCCUUUGAUUUAGCCUCAGCUCCCUCAAGUCCAGUUACAGCCCACCUGCCUGUCUACCUACCUGUCUGUCUGUCUGACUGACGCACAGUCAGCCAAACCUGCAACACCAGCACCCGACCAGAUCACCCCAACCAUUCACCUGCUGGGCAGACCCAAAACUAACCACCUCUCCAGAAUCAUGUCAGAAGUUUUCAAGUAUGAGCAUGCUCAAAAACAACACAACCCCGUCUCUGGUUGGGCACUACAAAGCGCACAGUCACAACACGAAAUGCAAAACUUGUCCUAAAAUGAGCAGGACUCAGAAGUAAUCCGCCGUAUUUCCGCCUGAACUGUUUCCCCUCCUCCUCUACACUAACAUGAACUCUACCUUUCCCCAGUCACAGACUUGUAAAAACUACGACGGGCUCUUUUUCUCUCUUUCUCCAAAGCUAAUUGUAAGCUUGAUUAUAAAAUUGAUUUUUUUCUUAAUGCUUCUUUUUGUGGAUUUCUUAACGAACAAGCGGGCUCAGCCUGCCUGACUCUGACGUGUGCACUAACUCAGGGGGACUCAUCUGAACCUAAACAGCAUUAUUAGCUUAGCAGCAGCAGCAGCUCCUGUUUCCCUGGUGACUAAAACCUCUCCAGCUGUCUGAGCGACACACCAGCCCAACCAAGUAGCUCUGCUGGUGCCUGUCGCCUCAUUUUCCUCCUUAAAUGCCUCUGUUGUCUUCUGAGAUGUCCUCUGGGUUACCGUCUGUUCUCCCUCGCCCUCUUUUUCUCUGCGUUUCUCCUCCUGCUCUGUAUGGGCCAACAAAACCACUACUACUGCACAGAAGGAACCGUGAUUCUGCCACUCAGCUGAAUUCAAACCAUAUCGUGGACAUUUUUAAAAGAACACCUUAAUGAACUAUUUCUUUCUUCCCCUGCUGUGUCUGUUUACCAAAAAUGUGACACAACACUUCUCCCAAACGGCAGGAGACCAAUGAAAUACCUCUGUGUGGAUACGAGUGGCCAGUGUGUCGUACAUGUGGAGGGACGUUCGCAGUCCAAACUGGCUCUGAAUGUCUUCAGUGGGUGAUUCUUUUUGAGCGAUUCUGACUAAAACAUCUUAACAAGGGCUCAUAAUGAAGUGACACAGGGUGAAUCUGAGAAAGAAGAGGAAGAAAGCAAGCACACUGUUGGAAUAUGCAUGUUUCCCCCCCUCCUCUCUUGUGUAUAGUCUCUUCUAAUUCCUCCUGAUGUUGAAUUAUGUGACCAUGGUAGCUUUCAGUGGAUCUGACUGACCAGUUGUACAGUAGGAUAUAGGAAUGGCUGUGUAACGACACUGAAAGACGGCUGAUCAUUGUUUCCCUGUCUUGGUGGAAUGAUUUUAAGUAUGAGGUUUCUCAAACUCUUUGUACAGCUUAAACCUGUGGAAAAACCAGUGUGUGUUUAUGGAACCAAGGCCAGUUUAGUCGAGAUGUUUGUGAAUAUUGGGAGCGGCCACCAAGUCACUUUUUGUAGUCUCUCGAGCUUGUUGGUUUUCCUCUGUUGUAAAUGGUAACCCUCCCCUCCCUCCAUUCACCCCCUCCUGUUUUUUUUUUUUUUUUUUUUUUUUGAACAUAGACAUAACUUGAGAAUUUAAGCUGAUUGUGGUGUGUGCUGUGCAUCUCGAGUCUUUCUUCCUUUGAAAGGAGAGCGCACUGCGGUAAUGGCGGUGUCCACUCAUCUCGUCUGUCUGCGAUUUGUGUCCAUCUCAUUUUUUAUGUAGUAGAACAGUUAAUAUAUACAUUUUAUGAAAAUUAUUUUUCUUUUCAAUUAUGCACCACUGUUCAAAGAUUUUAUAUCCUAACUUUACAAAAUUUACAACCUUUGUAAUAUUCAAUGGUUUCUUUUAAAAA